AUGGGCCGCAUCCUCAUCACCGGAUCCACCGACGGCUUCGGCCUCGGCGCCGCCCGUCAGCUCGUCGAGCGCAAGCACACCGUCUAUCUGCACGCACGCAACGCGGCCCGCGCCGAAGAGGCCAAGAAGCUCGUCCCCGGCGCCGCGGGCGUUUUCGUCGCCGACCUCACCAGCACGUCCGAGACUCGCUCCCUCGCCGAGCAGGCCAACGCAGUCGGCCAGUUCGACGCCGUCGUCCUCAACGCCGGCUUGCUGUACGGGCCCUUCCGCGAGACCGAGUCGGGCGUGCCCGCCCAGGUCUUUGUCAACUUGGUGUCGCCGUACAUCUUCACCUGCCUGUUGACGCCGCCGAAACGGAUCGUGUUCGUCGCGUCGGUGCUGCAUCGCGAGGGCAAGCCGGAAGUCGAGGACAUCUUCUGGCUCAAGAGGGGCGAGAAGGAGUGGAACGAUUUCGAGGCGUACUGCAACUCCAAGUUCCACGUCAUGUGCCUCGUGAAUGCGGCCGCGAAGAGGUUGCAGGGCAAGGGCACGUCGGUGGUGGCGAUGCACCCGGGCUACGUGCCCACCAAGCUCACAAAGUUCGAGGCACCUGACAAGAUGGAAGACGGGCUGGAGACGUAUGUCAUGCUGGCCGAGGGCGAAUACGAUGUGAGUGGAGAGACGGGUCGGUACUUUGAUCCGAAGAAGCAAAAGGGCGAGCCGCUUCCUGCCACCGAAGAUGUAGGCCUGCAGGAGGCGGUGGUGAAGGCUCUGGAGGACUUUACGGGACUGAAGCUGCCGGGCUCUGCCUGA